AUGCAUUUCUUCAGGCUUCUGGUAGUCUGGCUGGCUGCCUUGUUCACUGUUCAAGCAGCAGAGCUUCUUGACUUCGGCAAAGUCGAGGAUGUUAUUCCGAAUGCGUAUAUUGUCGUGAUGAAAAAUGAAGUCUCUUCCAAUGAUUUUUCCUCCCAUGUUACCUGGCUGAAGAAAACCCACCGCAGAAACCUGGCUAAGCGUGGCAGCACCUUCACCGAAGGCCUUAGGUCUACAUGGGAUAUCGAUGGUUGGCAGGCAUACAGUGGAAAAUUUGGCGAGGACACGCUCCAGGACAUCCUGACACGCGAAAAUGUUGAUUUUGUUGAGCCAAACAGAAGAGUACAAGCUAGCUCCCAUAUCGUGCAGUCCAAUGUUACCUGGGGCCUUGCACGUAUCUCCCACAAGAAAAAUAACAGCACCGACUAUGUGUCAAACAAUGGCGAGGGAGAGGGCAUCACCUUCUACGGAGUUGACAGUGGCAUUGAUAUCGAUCACCCCGAGUUUGGCGGCCGCGUUCGAUGGGGCAUCAACCUAGUCGAUACAACAGACGCGGACUGCUACGGCCAUGGAACCCACACUGCUGGAACCGCAGCUGGGAAGAGAUUUGGCAUCCUCAAGAAAGCGUCCAUAGUUUCUGUCAAGGUUCUCGACUGCUAUGGCGUAGGUGAUGUCGAAGGAGUUGUAAAUGGGGUCAUCUGGGCUGCUAAAGAUGCCAGAGAAAAAGGCACUCUAGGAAAGUCUGUCAUGAACGUGAGCAUUGGUGGUCCGCGUUCCAAAGCUGUGAAUGAGGCCAUGGUUCGUGCUCAGGAAGCUGGUAUAUUCAUUUCAGUCUCUGCCGGUAACGAAGCCCGGAAUGCUUCGAUGGUCUCACCAGCUUCUGCUCCUGAACUCUGUACAGUUGCUGCGAGUACAACGAACGACACUAAAGCAUUCUUCUCUAACUACGGUGAAGUUGUCGACUUAUUCGCACCAGGAGUAAAUGUCAUUUCCGCCUUACCUGGACGUCGAAUGGGGCCUAUGUCCGGAACUUCAAUGUCCUCUCCCCAUGUCUGUGGAGUCGGUGGUCUCCUUAUGGCUACUGAGGGCCUUGCUCCUGGCGAGGUUUGUGAUCGCCUCAAGGAGAUGGCGAGUCCUGUCAUGAAAGAACGUGGCAUCAGGACUACUAACAAGCUUCUUUACAAUGGCAGUGGGGCAUGA